UGAAGUUGAAUUUGUAAUGAGUGGAUUCUGUGCUGUGCCUCAGCUUGAACCAUUUUUGCUAUCACUAGCAAAGUCAUCAAAGUCCAUAACACUGAAACAAUGCAACCAAAUCCAUGCAAAGCUCAUAGUCACCCAAUGCAUUUCACAAACCCACUUAGCCAACACCCUUUUGAGUUUCUACUCAAAAUCUUCCCACUUUCGCCAUGCCCACCUUCUGCUCGACCAAAUGCCUCACAGGAAUGUUGUUACAUGGACAACCUUAAUUUCCUCGCACCUUCGAGCUGGGUCUGUUCCAAAAGCAUUCCAGUUGUUCAAUGACAUGCGUGUGAUGGAUGAGAGACCCAAUGAGUACACCUUCUCUGUUCUGCUUCGUGCUUGUGCCACCCCUGCUUUGUGGAAUGUGGGGUUGCAGAUUCAUGGUGUGCUUGUCCGCUCUGGGCUUGAGAGAGACAAGUUUGCUGGGAGCUCUUUGGUGUAUAUGUACUCCAACAAUGGCAGUAACCUCAGGGAUGCAUGUUGUGUUUUUCAUGACUUGUUGGAGAGAGACCUUGUUGCCUGGAAUGUUAUGAUUUCUGGGUUUGCUCAAGUUGGAGACUUCUGUAUGGUUCAGAGGUUGUUUUCUGAAAUGUGGGAGGUAGAAGGAUUGAAACCUGAUAAUAGAACUUUUGUUAGUUUGCUUAAAUGUUGUUCUACAUUGGGAGAGGUAAUGCAAAUCCACGGGCUUGCAUCCAAGUUUGGUGCUGAAACCGAUGCUGUAGUGAGUAGUGCUAUGGUUGACUUGUAUGCCAAGUGUGGGGACGUGAGUUCUUGCAGGAAAAUCUUUGACUCAAUGGAGGAGAAGGAUAAUUUUGUUUGGAGUUCUAUCAUUUCAGGCUAUACCGUAAAUAAUAGAGGAGAGGAAGCUGUGCAUUUCUUCAAGGACAUGUGUAAGCAAAGGGUGAAACCAGAUCAGCAUGUGUUAUCUAGCACUUUGAGAGCUUGUGUUGAAAUAGAGGAUUUGAACACAGGAGUUCAAGUGCAUGGCCAAAUGAUAAAGAAUGGGCAUCAAAACGAUUGUUUUGUAGCUAGUGUGUUGUUGACACUGUAUGCCAAUUUUGGUGGACUAAGGGAUGCGGAAAAGUUGUUUAGAAGAAUUGAUGACAAAGAUAUUGUAGCAUGGAACUCAAUGAUCUUGGCGCAUGCUCAGCUGGGUCAGGGAUCUAGUCGCUCUAUGCAACUAUUACAAGAACUUCAUCGAACAACCUCCUUGCAAAUUCAAGGUGCCACUCUAAUUGCUAUUUUGAAGUCUUGUAAGAAUAAAUCAGAUUUACCUGCAGGUAGACAGAUUCACUCACUUGUAAUGAAAUCAAGUGUAAGUCAUCCUACUUUGGUUGGCAACGCAUUAGUCCAUAUGUACUCUGAAUGCGGACAGAUUGGCGAUGCGUUUAAAGCUUUUGUUGACAUUGUGUGCAAAGAUGAUAGUUCUUGGAGUUCUAUUAUUGGAACUUAUAAGCAAAAUGGAAUGGAAUCAGAAGCUUUAGAGUUAUGCAAAGAGAUGUUAGCUGAAGGAAUCACUUUUACCAGUUAUAGCCUUCCGCUGUGUAUUUCAUCUUGCUCACAACUUUUAGCUAUAAAUGUGGGUAAACAAUUCCAUGUUUUCGCUAUCAAGUCCGGUUACAACCAUGAUGUCUAUGUCGGGAGUUCCAUCAUAGAUAUGUAUGCUAAAUGUGGACACAUGGAGGACUCAAAGAAAGUAUUUGAUGCACAAGUAAAGCCAAAUGAAGUAAUUUAUAAUGCCAUGAUUUGUGGAUAUGCACAUCAUGGACAAGCAAAGCAAGCAAUAGAAAUAUUCACUAUGUUAGAGAAGAAUGGUGUAACCCCAAAUCAAGUAACUUUCUUAGCUAUGCUAUCUGCUUGUAGCCAUGCGGGUUAUAUAGAAGAUACUUUGAAUUUAUUUACAUUGAUGCUUUACAAGUACAAGAUUAAGCCAGAAUCUGAGCACUAUUCAUGCCUAGUUGAUGCCUAUGGUCGGGCGGGAAGGCUGGAGGAAGCUUACCAAAUAGUGCAAAAAGACGGAAGUGAAUCAGCAUGGAGGACAUUGCUUAGUGCUUGUAGGAAUCAUAAUAACACAAAAAUUGGAGAAAAAUCUGCAAAGAAGAUGAUUGAAUUGAAUCCCAGUGAUCAUGCUUCAUAUAUUCUUCUUUCAAACAUUUACAUAGAAGAAGGAAAAUGGGAAGAAGCUCGUGACUGCAGGGAGAAAAUGGCUAAAACUGGUGUGAAGAAAGAUCCAGGAAGUAGCUGGUUGAUCUGAGGAACAGAGACCCAGUGGGGGAUGUGUUCUAUGCUAAUGACUCAUCAUUACUGGAGUGAAGUAUGAUCCCUUGUGCCAACCGUCUUCUUCUUCAACCCGUCCACUUGGUCAUGUCAUGUCUCCAUAGGCAGGGUCUUUGCCAUUGAUUUGAACAACAUAUCUCAUAACAUAGCAGGCGCUGAGUGCUAUCCCAUCCACCUUGGAGCAUUGAGCCGUUAACAAGCUGGUUUUCAUGAAGUGAUUAAUUGGCAGUAGCUGUAAGAGAGAGGUAUGGAGGGCACAAACAAAGCAUUGGAACCGUGAUAAAAAGGCAAUAUAAAGGGUUUUGAAGGGUUGUCAUUUUACGUAAAAGGUGAAAGUAAUAGCUGCAAAGUAGGUGGUGGCGUUUUUUUGGUUGAUGAUGAUUGGCAUAAUGGCAUGACACUAAUGCUGAAUCUAAUGAAACUCAUGACACAGCUCAUCAAUUGGCAAUUAAUGGAUCAUCUGACAACACCAACAUGAACCUAAAGAGGCUUAGUUUCAAAGAAACUAGUAAAUGAGAUUUUAGUUCUUUGGGGAUGGCAUACACAUUCUAAUCUAUACACAGUCUGCUAAAGCGAAUGGCUUUUAUGUCCGUAGAGGCGAGAUUCUGAGAAGCAAAAAGAAUAGUGAGUUAUUGCAGCAAGAAUUUGUGUAACAAGUAAGUUCGUCAUCUAGAGGACGUAAAUUCUUAAGAUAGGAGAGGAGGUGUGACCCGAGAGCUGAAUCACAUAAUCAUCAAAGGUGACUCUUGUUUUAUUGAAUCACAUAAUCAUUUGCUUCAAUUCAAAAGAAAAGAUUGAAAUUCAAUAGUUCUUCAAUCUAUUACAGGUUAGUUCUUGAAUAUAUGUUUUAGCUUCUCAUUGUGUUUCAUGGACUUCAGUUCUUAUUGUGCUAUAAAAUGAUAUGAAAUACAAGAGGUGGUAGUUAUCCUUCACUACCCUCAUGAUUUUCGUCAAAUAAGACAUAUAAUUUUGCCACAUCAACAUUUCUUGCGCUUCUUUCAAUAUUCCUUUGUAACAUAUAACAUUGCUGAAGUUUCUAGAGCUUAAGUGUCAAAUCCAAUGGUUUCACCUCAGCGUUGUCGUCAUCAGUGUUAACCAAGUCAAUGAAAUCGAUCUUCUUAAUGGGCUUCUCCAGCUGCGUGAUAUAUGCCUUAGUGCCACCAUAUGCAGAUUCUUCUGGCUUACUUUGUGGCGUUGGCGAUGGUGCUAACAUUCUACCAGCAACAGUAUUAUUCCCUGCAGAUGAAAGAGCAUGAAGCUGUGGUGGAAGUUGCAUUUUCCUAACUGGUUGUGAAGAACCAACCUGGUCACCAGGACUGAAAAAUAUGUUUCUUCUCGGCUGUGACAUGGUCAUAGGUUGUGGUGGUGAGUGGAAAAACCAGCCAUCAUUGAUGUUUUGCUGGGUCUCUAUGCCUGUGGGAAUUGGAAAAGUGGCUGGGAAGCGAUGGGAAACAUGUUGUGUUUGGGAAUAGAGCCUUCUCAUGGCACUCUCUUCAUGUUUAAUGUGAGAGUCAACAUGGGUUAUGUCUAUGAGGGCUUGAGUGCUCGGGAAAGCACUGUUGCAGUGUGUGCAUGGGUUUUGGCCUGUGUUGUUGUGAGGUGGGUGUUGUGCAUAGUUCAACACUUCAUGGUUCAAGUUACAAAAGCAAUUGGCCAUGGUGGUGAAAAAUGGCAAAGGGUUUUGGGAAGAUUUGAUAUGAUCACAGGAACCAGGGUAGGUAAACGUAUAAUUGAGCACUUCAUAUAACUCAUAUAGGGGGCUUUUAUAAGUUAUAACUGACAAAAUAAUGUGUGUGUGAACAUCUUGAUUAACUUGCAUAUAAUAUGCAUGUAGCAGAUAUGGUAAUUAGUUAAUUAAUUACUUUGACAGCUAAUUUGUUUAUAUAGCAAAAAAUUUAUGGCAUUCUGAAAAUGAUAAAGCGUUUGAUUGAUUUAAUCUAGCACUGUAUCAUUUACAUUUAGUGUAUAUAAUUAUUGUAAAUUGUAGCUACAGCCUAGAGGCUACUUAUGGAACGAGAAAUAAAAGUUAGUACUAUUGUUGAUCUUAUUGGAGGGUACUAACUGGGUAAGUAUACCUCAAUUGUAUUGCUGGAUUGCAUAGACAAACUAUGGAAAGGUCAUCAAUUAUUGAAAUCACCUAUGGGUAAAGAACCACGGAAAACUCGGUUGCAAAGUGUGAGGUGCGUGUUGUGCAUAAUUU